GCAUGUUGUACAGCCGAGCGCCGUGGGCCAGACUGCGCGCGGAGGGACGUGCUGGGUGGUGGCGAGGCGCUGACGGUUUGGACUUAGCUGCAGCCCGGAUCCCCACGGGAAGCCGUACCGCACCGCCCGGCUCACGAUGAUGGCGCUGACAUGGGUGGUGUUCAUGUGGUGUUUAUCCGGCGCCUUAGCCGGGGUCUUCUUCAAUGAGGACGAGCCCUGCUAUCGACGCAUGUCCAGGACAAGUGACUUUGGCUUGAAGACCAAACCUCAACCCCAUGAGUUUUUAAACAUAUCUGACCUUCCAAAAUCCUGGGAUUGGAGGAACAUCAAUGGCACCAACUAUGUUAGCACAACACGCAAUCAGCACAUUCCUCAGUACUGUGGUUCCUGUUGGGCCCAUGGCAGCACCAGUGCAAUGGCAGAUCGUAUCAACAUUAAGCGAAAAGGUGCAUGGCCAUCCGCCUAUCUUUCUGUACAACAUGUGAUUGACUGUGGCGAGGCAGGAAGCUGCCAUGGAGGAGAUCACUCAGGAGUAUGGGACUAUGCCAGCAAACAUGGAAUCCCAGAUGAGACCUGCAACAACUAUCAAGCUAAAGAUCAGAAGUGCAAACCUUUCAACGAAUGUGGGACUUGCACCACGUUUGGGCAGUGCAAUGUUGUGAAGAACUACACCCUGUGGAAAGUGGACGAUUAUGGAGCUGUCAGUGGGAGGGAGAAGAUGAUGGCAGAGAUCUAUGCUGGAGGACCUAUCAGCUGCGGGAUUAUGGCCACAGGUAAACUUGAUGCAUACACUGGCGGUCUCUACUCCGAAUAUGUUGAGGAUCCUUACAUCAACCACAUCGUGUCAGUGGCGGGUUGGGGAGUAGAAAACGGUGUGGAGUACUGGAUUGUACGAAAUUCCUGGGGCGAGCCAUGGGGUGAGAGAGGAUGGCUCAGGAUCGUGACCAGUGCCUAUAAGGGUGGGAGUGGGAGCAAGUACAACCUGGCUGUAGAAGAGGACUGUAUGUAUGGAAACCCAGUCAUACCUAAGGCCUACCUCUAGAGGUGGUCAAAUGACUUUCUUCUGGACCAGAGGUCCAUCACCCAACACUGUACCAGCUCUUCCAGCCUCGCGCAGAUGGAUACUUUUAGCAAAGGGCACCCUUAACCACUGAAAUUCUAGAAAAAGAGAUUUUUUUCUUUUAAAUUUUUCAUUGAGGUUUGUCACACAAAUGAAUAUGCAAUAAACAAGUGAUUUCACAACUGGUUUCCCUCUUGGCACAAGCAGGACCACAUCACUGAACAGUGUCGACGUUUCAGUAACCAUGAGAAGAAUAAACACAAGUACACCAAUCACCUAUGCUAAUCUUAGAUUAAAUGGCUGCAUGUUGAGCUUGUCAUGGUGGGUUCUGACUGUCAGGACUAGGGACCACCAUGCUAACCUUUUUCAUACGCAGCAUGGAAAUGCUGAAAAAAAUCCCAUCUAAAAUAUUCAACCUGAGUGGUCAGAGCUGCAUGUUUUGUUUUACAUCCAAAUCACAUUGAGCACACCAACUGCUACACCCGAGUUCAGCUGUCUCGUGUUGUGCUGCGCCAGUAAAGAAACCUGUUGAUAGUGUUUGUUAAGUUCAACCAUCUUCGCAAUGACAAUGCUGUUGACCUCACUUUAUGAGGGAGAAAAAGGAAACUGAUAACUGACAGUCUGCCUCCUGUGCAUAUGCUGCAUUUUGCCAUUUGUCACACCAAUCUGACAGAAACGUCACAUUAAAGAGCAAAUCAUCAGGAUCAGUAUUUGGUCUGGAUG